AUGCUGGUCAUCCAAUUCACGAGUGCUCCGGGGCACAGCAAAGGGGCUAUGUGGGAUCGACUUGAUGCCGCACUUGAGAGAUACAGCAAAGCACUCCUCCGAUACCGUGCCCUUUCACAGCUUUCACCCACGAAUCCUCUCCACCACAAACAUCUACAGUUCUGGCUCACCGACACCAAUGGAGGCCUCAACGACCUACAGGGUGUAACUGGCACCCUGUGGGACGCCUGCAACAUUCCAGACCUGACAUCCCUAACCCAACCGAGCGAUCCAUCUGACCCACUGACAAAUCUCUUCAACAACCACCUCCUCCCACUGUACCACCAGCUCAUCGGCCACAAAAUCCACGCCCCAAGCCACUACAUCACGACGCACGACGCCUUCACCGACGCCCCGCACCGCUCGUCGAUCAUCUACCACUACUCGGACCGCCUGGUGCUACGGACGCUCAACGUUGCCAGCACCGUGCUUGCGAGCAUGGUGCCCGCGCUGUCGUCGCUGGCACUAUAUUACAUGCCGAGCGAGGGCGCGGCGCGCAUCGGUGGUGUUGUGGCGUUCACGUUCUUGUUUAGUCUCGUCAUUGUGCUGGUUACGCCUGCGAAGAGGAUAGAGACGUUCGUUGCGACCGCGGCGUUUGCGGCUGUGCUUAUUGUUUUUGUAGGCGGUCAGGCCGAUUGA